AAAGGAACGUCUUUUACUCUUUACGGUAUCGCUCGCUUCUCUUCUUUCUCCUCAACACGAAGACCCCUCUUGCCUCUUUAUUAGAGAGACCCCUUCCUUCUUCUUCUUCACCUUCACCUUCUUCCUCGAUUCAGAUCGUCUCCUCCUCUGUUUUAUACUCACCCUAUUCCUUCGAAUCUCUCUCCAUUUUUAUCCCCAGAUUCUCCCUUCUUCAACCUCGUCGACUCUUCUUCAUCACUCUAUUUCUUCCGAUUGAGACUUCUUUCACUCUGAUUUUCUUCGACCCUUUACGGAUAUAUUCGGUCUUGAGUCUCCAUCGGAUUUGGAUUUGAAUGUAGGUAUCUCGCACGAGAGUUGUUGUUUAACGUAAAUCUGGGUUCUUUUUUUUGGUGGGUCGUUGUUUUUCUUCUACAUGCAGUUUUGGGGAUAGUACGUGCGAUUCAUCGAUCAAUCCUCGUUUAGAUAGACAUCAAGGAUUUAAAGGAGUCGUUAAGAGAGCAAUGGAAGGAGACAUGGUGGCUAAAGUGAAGAGAGAAACGGUGGUGGCAUGCAUGACUUGUCCUCUCUGUGACAAACUCCUCCGUGACGCCACUACCAUUUCAGAGUGUCUUCACACGUUUUGUAGGAAAUGCAUUUAUGAGAAAAUCACAGAGGAUGAGAUAGAGAGCUGUCCAGUAUGCGAUAUUGACCUCGGGGGUACCCCACUGGAGAAACUAAGGCCUGACCACAUUUUGCAAGACUUGAGAGCCAAAUUAUUUCCUCUAAAACGUAAAAAGGAGAGAGCGCCUGAAGUUGUGUCCUCCAUCUCAUUACCUGCAAAGAGGAAGGAGAGGUCUAUCUCGUCUUUGGUGGUAAGCACACCCAGGGUUUCAGCACAAGCUGGUACAACAGGAAAAAGAACAAAAGCUGCUACGAGAAAAGAUGUAAGAGGUAGUGGUUCAUUCACUAAGAGAACAGUGAAGAAGGAAGAAGAAUUUGGAGAUGAUCAUGUAGAGAGCGCAAGCUCGCCUGAAACACUUAAAAAGUUUACUCAGAAUAAAAGACAGUCUUCAUAUGCAAAUCCUAACCAGUCCCUCUCUAAUCGAAGAAACAAGGAUGUUGAUGAACCAUGGGAUUCCAAAUUACAUCUUUGGAAACCUCUAAAUUUUCUUGUGGAUGUGGCAAACGGAACAAAGGACCCAAAAUCUGAGCUUGGAAACGCAUCCCACAAUGAUGUUCAGGGGAGUAAAACCAAAACAAAGGAUCAUAAAAGAAAGUGUAAACUCGAGGAAGAGAUCAGCAAUAACGGUGAUCCUACAACAUCAGAAACUGCUACACUUAAACGAACGCGUCGGACUCGUCGCAAAAGGUCAUCUACUUUUGGUGAUUCUAGAAUUCCACUGUUACCAGGUGCAGCAAGCCUAAAACAGGAGAGGAGAAACGGUCAUGUUUGGUUCUCACUUGUAGCGUCAAGUAAUCAGGAAGGAGAAGCAUCAUUGCCUCAGAUUCCAGCAAACUACUUGAGAAUAAGGUAAGUUGUUCUUUUUGCUUUGCUCUGUUUCUUGUCACUAAGUUUUUAUAUGUCAACUGUGAAGUCUGUGAUCAAAUAUUACUUAUUAUUGCAUUGAUGGCUUUGAAUUCGAUUUCGCAGUUGUUUUACCCGAGUUUCCAUGUCAUGUUUGUUUUCUGUGGUAUACGUUUCUUGAUAAAGCCUUCUUCUUUUUUGGCCCAUCACACCUAAUCCUUGACUGGGAGGUGUCUAUUUUCUUGUUUGGGAGAAUUAUAUUGUGCCAGAGUUGAUCCCCUGUCUCAUUAUAUGGUAGGGAUGGAAAUAUUCCAGUUUCUUUUAUCCAAAAGUACCUCAUGAGGAAGCUUGAUCUCAAGAGUGAAGAUGAGGUAGAGAUAACAUGUAUGGGAGAACCAGUGAUCCCAACGUUGCAGCUUCACAGCUUAGUAGACCUAUGGUUGGAAACAACUUCUAAGCAUCAAAGAGUCGCUGCGUCAAUAGGUUCAUCUGCAAAGGAAUUUGUAAUGGUGCUAGUUUAUUCUCGGAAGCUCCCUGAAUGCAACAACUAAAGAGCUAUUCAUUGAAUCUUUUCUAGACCGAGAAGAAAGAAAAGUGCAGGAGCAGUGGAAUGUCUUGUGUAGAAAGAAACUUAGCAAUUUAUAUUUAUUUAAUUGUAAUCUUAAAAUUUGAAACAUUGGUGUGAGACAGACACUUUGUUUGUUUAUCCAAGAAGAUUCAAAAAUGGCUUUUUAAAGGAGAUUGUGUCCUUUUUGGAUAUUUGAAUGUAUGAUUAGGAUAAUGUUGUCAUUUCUAUAAAUAUUUGUUUCCUUGUUUGGACUAAAUGGAGAAGUACACGGAAUCCUUGUG